GCCUCAAUUCUUACUAGUGCACAACAAACCAGAUCCGUUUUGUCAGUUUUCAACGAGUCGGUCAGCUGUUCGGAUCGUUGUAAUUGCGGAGAAACAACACAUGGGCGAGAGUAGGAACAGGAAAAGGAAUACAAUCAAAGAUACCAAUUGCUAACAAUAUAGAGCUAUAGCAUCACUUUCCAUAUCAGACGACGUCAUGCCGCAGAAGCAAUUGCAGCCGGAGAAGGUGCCGCUAGGACGCACCAUUGGCGCCUUCUUGUUUGGCCUGCUGCAGUCCUUCUUUCGUUUCGUCUUCCGUUUGAUCUAUGGCGUCAGCGGGGAUCGCAUGCCGGCCAUAACGGAUCCCAUACUCCUCGAAUCGGCCACAUCGCUGGCAACCAAAAUUCGCAACCAAGAGCUAAGCAGCGUUCAGGUUCUGGAAUCGUUUAUACGUCGCGUUAAGGAAGUGAAUCCUUUGCUCAAUUGCGUGGUGGACGAGCGCUACGAUGAGGCUUUAAAGGAAGCCGCCGCAGCCGAUGCUCUCAUCAAGUCCGGACAGUACACAGUGGAUCAAUUGGCCGAGCUGAAGCCAUUUUUGGGUGUGCCAAUUACAACAAAGGACUGCAUAUCGGUUAAGGGCAUGCUGCAUACGGCUGGACUUUAUUCGCGUCGCGAGUUGCGCGCCGAGAAGGAUGCCGAUGCGAUGGCAUUGAUGCGCAAAGCGGGCGCUAUUCCCUUUGCGCUGACCAAUGUGUCGGAGGUGUGCAUGUGGUGGGAGAGCAACAAUACAGUGCAUGGUAGGACGCGCAAUGCCUACGACACGAAUCGCAUUGUCGGCGGCUCUAGCGGCGGCGAGGGUUGCGUCCAGUCGGCCGCUGCCUCACCCUUUGGCCUGGGCUCAGACAUUGGCGGUUCCAUACGCAUGCCUGCCUUCUUCAACGGCAUAUUUGGACACAAGCCGAGCAAGCUGAUCGUGUCGAAUAAGGGCCAGUUCCCAACACCAUUCAGUGCGGAGCAGAACUCAUUUCUGGGCCUGGGUCCCAUGUCACGCUUUGCUGAGGAUCUGCGACCCAUGCUGCAAAUCAUGGCCGGCGAGAAAGCGGAGCUGCUACAACUCAACAAGCCCGUGGCGCUGGAGAAAAUGAAAUUCUUUUAUCAGGAGUCCGAUGGCGGUGGUCGCAUGGUCUCCGCCGUAGAUGCUGAUCUGCGUCAGGCCAUGCGCCGUGUUAUCGAGCAUUUGAGCAAGAAGUUUGGCGCUGAACAGGUUGAGCGCGUGCAACUGCCACAGAUACGACAAUCGGCGGCCAUUUGGUUUGCCAACAUGCGCGAUGAUUCCGGUCAUGGCUUUAGCUUUCAACUGGGCGAUCUGCGCUACGAUAUCAACACCUACUUGGAGCUGCUGAAGUGGCUGGUUGGUGCCUCCAAGCAUACGUUCAUUGGACUGACAACGGCGCUGAUGGACAGUGCACAGUGCCAGCACGGCUCGUCCAAGUACAAGCAUCUGGUGGCCAAGCGGGACGAACUGCGCGCCACACUGCAGCAGCUGCUGGGCGACAAUGGCGUCCUCAUCUAUCCCACGCAUCCCACUGUGGCUCCCUAUCACAAUGAGCCCAUUCUGCGUCCCAUUAACUUUUCCUAUACGGGCAUUGUGAAUGUGCUGGGCUUUCCAGCCACCGCUGUGCCGUUGGGUCUGGGCAGCGAGGGUUUGCCGCUGGGCGUCCAGGUCAUAGCCAAUUUCAACGAAGAUCGGCUAUGCCUGGCCGUUGCCGAGGAGCUGGAGCGUGCCUUUGGCGGCUGGCAGCGUCCCGAGGUGCGGCUGUGAAGCCGUUCUGUCUUAACCCAAACACAAACAUACACAGCCGAGUGUAUAGCUUUUAGUAGUACGAAAUUGUAUCCUGGGCCCCGCAAAUAACCCACCCACCACAAACCAUUUACCAUCGGCUCGUUAAUUAACUUUAUAUACAGCCCGGUGUACACAAUGUUUGUAAUUGUUGCACGAAUUGUGAAACGAACCAUCAGCAUGUCCUGUGUCCGCACAUUAAUAUAUAUAUAUA